UUGUGCCCUCCCCGAUGGAUGGGCGCCCCCACCGCUGUCUGUGAGAGUCCAUCCGGUUUCAUCCGCUGCCUGGCCGGCCAUGGAGGGCCUCGCCUGCCGCCUGCUUCUCUGCCUGGGCUGUGCCCUAGCGGCCCCCGAGCUGCUCAAUGAGGAGGUGAAGCGGACGGUGGAUCUCAGCACCCACCUGGCCAAGGUGACGGCCGAGCUGAGCCUGGCUAACCCGGCGGGGGGCUCCGGGGGCGCCAGCUCCUUCCUGCUGGCGCUGGACCCCGGCCUGGAGAGCCACCUGGCCUACCUCGGGGUGCAGGUGAAAGGUGAGGAAGAGGAGGAGAACACCCUGGAGGUGCGGGAGACUAAGGGGAAAGGUAAAAGCGGCAAAUUCUUCACCGUGAAGUUGCCAUCUCCUCUGGCGCCAGGUGCCAAGAUCCGUUUAUCCAUCGAAACAGUUUUCACACAUGUCCUGCAGCCGUACCCCACGCACAUCACACAGGCAGAGAAACAGUUUGUGGUCUUUGAAGGGAAUCAUUAUUUCUACUCUCCAUACCCAACAAAGAGCCAAACUACACGUGUGAAACUGGCCUCCAGGAACGUAGAGAACUACACCAAGCUGGGCAAUCCUACCCGGUCAGAGGACAUGAUUGAAUAUGGGCCUUUCAAGGACAUCCCACCAUAUAGCCAGGACAUCCUUAAGGUACACUAUGAAAAUAACAACCCAUUCCUGACCAUCACCAGUAUGAUACGGGUCAUUGAAGUGUCUCACUGGGGAAAUAUUGCUGUAGAAGAGACUGUUGACUUAAAGCACACAGGAGCUGUGCUCAAAGGGCCUUUCUCCAGAUAUGACUACCAAAGGCAGCCAGACAGUGGAAUAUCUUCUGUCAAAUCUUUUAAGACCAUUCUUCCUGCUGCGGCUCAGGAUGUAUAUUACCGAGAUGAAAUUGGAAAUAUCUCUACCAGCCACCUUCUCAUCCUGGAUGACUCUGUGGAGAUGGAGAUCCGCCCCCGCUUCCCGCUCUUUGGGGGUUGGAAGACCCAUUACAUCAUUGGCUACAACCUGCCUAGCUAUGAAUACCUCUAUAACCUUGGUGACCAAUAUGCCCUGAGGAUGAGGUUCAUUGACCAUGUGUUUGAUGAGCAAGUUGCAGACUCUCUGACUGUAAAGAUAAUCCUGCCAGAAGGUGCCAAGAAUAUUCAUGUGGACAGCCCAUAUGAAAUCAACCGAGCCACUGACGAGCUCCACUACACCUACUUGGACACGUUUGGACGCCCGGUUAUUGUGGCACACAAGAACAACCUAGUAGAGCAGCACAUCCAGGACAUUGUGGUGCACUACACCUUCAACAAGAUCCUGAUGCUGCAGGAGCCGCUGUUGGUGGUUGGAGCCUUUUACAUCUUGUUCUUCACAGUGAUCUUCUAUGUGAGGCUCGACUUCUCCAUCACCAAGGAUCCAGCUGCUGAAGCUAGGAUGAAGGUGGCCUGCAUAACAGAGCAAGUUCUCACCUUGGUGAACAAGAGACUGGGCCUGUACCGCCACUUUGAUGAAGCGGUGAAUAAGUACAAGCAGUCACGGGACAUCUCCACUCUAAACAGUGGCAAGAAGACCUUGGAGACAGAGCAUAAGGCCCUGACCAAUGAAGUAGCCUCUCUGCAGUCCAAGCUGAAGACAGAAGGCUCUGACAUGUGUGAUAAGGUGAGCGAGAUUCAGAAGCUCGACAGCCAAGUCAAGGAGCUGGUUCUGAAAUCGUCUGUUGAGGCAGAGCGGUUGGUGGCCGGCAAGCUUAAGAAGGACACGUACAUUGAGAAUGAGAAGCUGCAUUCCAACAAGCGCCAGGAGCUGGUCACCAAAAUUGACAACAUCCUCGAUGCACUAUAACUUCAGAGUUAAAGUGGUGGGAGGGGGGAGAAACGUGAGUUGAGAUUAAAGGCUGUUGAGUGGACAUGCUCGGAGCCAAACCAGUGAUGCUCUUUGGUCAGUAAAAUUGGGGAAGGGAGAAAAUUUGAAAUGGAAAAUGCCUGCAAAUAAUUUUUUUUGGCUUACUCUUUUUUAGGGCUUGUUUGCCAAUCAGAAUCUGCUGUGGAGGGACCAUGGUAUAACAAGAUUUGGAUUUGGUUAUAACAGGGUUCCUUCCACACAGACAAGGCAAGACCAGGUUAUAAAGCAGUCUCCAUUCUGUAUUUUGCUGUGUAAGAGGGCCCUUACUGUCCCUGAACAACUAGACAGACAGCCUGGGUGGAGACGUGCUCAUGGCAGAUCUGAACAUUGGGGCCAGUGAGAAUAAAGGCAUCUUUGUUCUUCUGAAGGCUUUAAAAUAAAUCCACUCCCCCUUGAAUUUAUACUUUUAUAUUUUGGGGGAUAAGGAACCCGAGCAAAGGAGAUUUGUACUGUUUUUUGUCACAAAAAGUGAGGUUUUUGAGCUGGCAAUGUCCUGAGUCUGUUUAAAAUAAAGCCAGUGCAGCUGAGAGGGUUUCAUCUCCUGAAA